AUCCCUGGAUACAUGUUGUUGAAUACGAAUGCUAUGCUGCAGGUCUCCUUCCGAUCCCCUUGAGCUCUGCUGCUGCUGUUGUCCACUCACGCAUCGAGAGAACGUGGUGAUUCAGCAUGGCCGGUCCUUCCGGAAGUGCUCCUUCUGUGAGGAACCUGUACACACCGCCGCAAGAAGAAUGGCUGUUCCUGCCGCCUACCCCUGGUCAACCAUCGACCAACCCGAACCCGACCCCUUCAUCCACGUACAACUCGCCUCCUAGCGGUAGUACGAGCUCCUCGGCCUCUUCCCCCAUUGUCGGGCUCGAACUAGAUGCGGACGACGAGCCCUUCACCGUGUACGGCGUCCUCGCCAUGUUCGCCUCUGAAUACCUCACCACCGCCCUGGGUAUGCCCUUUGAAGUUGGCAAGACCUUGUUGCAAGUCGAAUACAAGCCCAAACCAGGGGUCGACGACGGGGUUGAGGUUGAGGGGGUUGACUACGAGGCCGAGACCGAUGAUGCGGACUCGGUUGCGGGAGAUCAGGCGGAAGGGUCGAGGAGACGCAGGGAUUCGAUCGAGGACUCGAUCCGAAACCCAGAGGACGCCGAGGCCUACUUUCAGGAUGUCUUGUCGUCCAGCACUCGGAACUACAUUCCAGCGGUCGACGACAACGGAGAGCAAGGGGAUGCGGAGGGAUACUUGCCUGAUUUGCCCCCUUCCUAUCUGUUGCGUACCGACAUGUCGCCUUCAGGAUCGUCUGGCGUCUGGGGCAUGAUGAGACGAAUCAGGAGAACGCCUUCGGAAGGAUUGCCAGGUCUCUGGAAAGGACAGAUCCUGACCACCAUGCACUCGUUGCUCUCGAACAACCUCCAACCCCUUGUUCACUCUGGACUUAUCAUCUCCUUACCGCCUCCUACCGCUACCGCCCAGAUGGAACUCAACUCGGACCUGGAUCUGCCGUUGGCAUCGUAUCACAAUCCCAUGAUUCCACUGGGUCUUCAUGUGACGGCUCAUCUGUUGACCCACAUGUUCUUGUCGCCCUUGGAACUGCUCCGAACUCGACUCAUCGUCCAACCAUCGUCGGAUCCCAAAUCCAAGUCGUCCAUCGGCUUGCUAAAGGAUGCCGUCUCGGACGAAGGCGGUGUCGUGCGUUUGUACACACAUCCUCAGCUGUUGAUUCCGGCCAUCCUGGAACACACGCUUCGGCCCAUCUUUACGCUGUCCAUCCCGUUGAUCAUCGAACGCAAGUUUGGUGUCACCCCGGACAGCUCGCCCGUGACCUAUUCCAUGCUGGACCUCUCGCUCGGCCUCGCCUCUUUACUCGUCAUUCUCCCGAUCGAGACGGUCAGGAAACGAUUACAGCUCCAAGACCGCAUGUCCGAGACUGAUGCGUGGCAGCGAGGAGGAAAGAGGGAGAAGCGCAAAUCGAUCGUCAGACUGCGCAAGCGCGAAUACCACGGUUUAUUGGACACCAUCUGGAGGAUCAUGUCAGAAGAGACCGGAACGAUCAAGAAGAAGCGGUCCAAGAGACGCGGUUCACGCUCUGAGCAGACAAAUGCGGUGGACGAGCACGAGAGGCAGAGAGCGGCCUUUGACGGUAUCAAGCAGCUCUAUCGAGGAUUUGGCAUGGCGGCCGGAGCUCAUCUGACCGUGUUCGCUCUGGGUCUCGUCAGCGCGGGGCUCGGCGGCAGGUCCCUCGAAUAUGGAUGGAAGGAAAUCUGACGAUCACUCAUGCCUCAAUUGCUUGACGUCACCGAUCACUGGCGAUUCGCGAAUGCAAUCUAACUCCCCUCUUCGCCCUGAACUAUAUUG